UGGGUACCUGGCUGUCAAGCCGAGCGCCCACACUACAGAAGCCGGGAAGACAGCGCAGCGCUGGAUAGAGGAACAGUAAGAGCAGGUACCUGUCAAAUUCAGUCUCUGGCCAUCUCCUGUAGUAUGUCAGCAGUCUCUGGUCAUCUCCUGUACUGUGUCCGCAGUCUCUGGUCAUCUCCUGUACUAUGUCAGCAGUCUCUGGUCAUCUCCUGUACUAUGUCCGCAGUCUCUGGUCAUCUCCUGUACUAUGUCCGCAGUCUCUGGUCAUCUCCUGUACUGUGUCCGCAGUCUCUGGUCAUCUCCUGUACUAUGUCUGCAGUCCAUUGGUUUAGAAUAUUUUUUUUCCUCUUUUCUGCCUCUAAAACCUAG